CUCGGGAGCGUCUCGCUCGCGUCCCGAGCCCGCGGCGCUCGCGCGGCUGCGAGCCUCGGGUGGCCGCGCGCCGGCUCCAGGAAGCCGGAGAGGGCGCGGCGGCCGGGAUGGCGCGGCGCGGGCCGCGCGGCUAGACGGGCGCCGGAGGAGCCGCCGGCCCGCGCCCUCCAUUCUCUGCUUCCCGGAGCCCGCUCCGCGCGGCCCGGGAGCGGCCGUGCGGUGGGGAGUCGCCUUCGCUGACGCCGGGCACCUGGACGCUCGCGAGAUGCCCAACCCCAAAAACAGCAAAGGCGGCCGCAAAAACAAGCGCGCCAACAGCAGCGGGGACGAGCAGGAAAAUGGAGCCGGGGCCCUGGCAGCGGCGGGCGCGGCGGGCGCGGCGGCCGGGGGGGGCCUGGCGGCGGCGGCCGGCUGCGGAGCGGCGGCGGCGGGAGCGCCGGGCACCGGGGGCGCGGCGGGCACCGGAGGCGCGGGGACUGGCGCCGCCAACGCCGCGGUCGCCGCGGGGGCUGCAGCCGCGGGCGACGCCAAGAACGAAGCCCCGUGUGCCACGCCCCUGAUCUGCAGCUUUGGGCGGCCGGUGGACCUGGACAAGGACGACUACCAGAAGGUGGUGUGCAACAACGAGCAUUGCCCCUACAGCAGCUGGAUGCACCUGCAGUGUUUCUACGAGUGGGAGAGCAGCAUCCUGGUCCAAUUUAACUGCAUCGGCCGCGCACGCAGCUGGAAUGAGAAGCAGUGCCGCCAGAACAUGUGGACAAAGAAGGGCUAUGACCUGGCCUUCCGCUUCUGCUCCUGCCGCUGUGGACAGGGCCACUUAAAAAAGGACACAGACUGGUAUCAGGUGAAGCGGAUGCAGGAUGAGAAAAAGAAGAAAUCUGGGUCAGAGAAGAACACAGGGAGGCCCCCUGGUGAAGCGGGGGAGGAGGCCAAAAAGUGCCGGCCGCCCAACAAGCCCCAGAAAGGCCUGAGCCACGACCUCCCCCGGCGGCACUCCAUGGACCGGCAGAACUCCCAGGAGAAAGCGGUCGGGGCAGCAGCCUAUGGGGCGCGCUCCCCCUGCGCCUCCCCGGGCCAGUCCCCGCCUACCGGCUACUCCAUCCUCUCCCCUGCCCACUUUAGCGGCCCUCGCUCCUCGAGAUAUCUCGGGGAAUUCCUAAAGAAUGCCAUCCAUCUGGAGCCUCACAAAAAGGCCAUGGCCGGGGGCCAUGUGUUCCGAAACACCCACUUUGACUACAGUCCGGCUGGGUUAUCGGUGCACCGGGGGGGCCACUUUGAUGCGCCCGUGCAGUUCCUGCGGCGCCUGGACCUGUCCGAGCUGCUCACGCACAUCCCCAGGCAUAAGUUGAACACUUUCCACGUGCGGAUGGAAGACGAUGCCCAGAUGGGCCAGGGCGAGGAUCUGCGGAAGUUCAUCCUUGCGGCCCUCAGUGCCAGCCACAGGAAUGUUGUAAACUGCGCUCUGUGCCACCGGGCACUCCCGGUGUUCGAACAGUUCCCUUUGGUGGACGGAACUCUGUUCUUAAGCCCGUCGAGACACGAUGAGAUCGAGUAUGACGUCCCGUGUCAUCUUCAAGGGAGGCUCAUGCACCUGUACGCGGUGUGCGUGGACUGCCUGGAAGGGGUCCACAAGAUCAUCUGCAUCAAGUGUAAGUCGCGGUGGGACGGCAGCUGGCACCAGCUGGGCACCAUGUACACCUAUGACAUCCUGGCUGCCUCUCCGUGCUGUCAGGCCCGCCUGAACUGUAAGCACUGCGGGAAGCCCGUGAUCGACGUGCGGAUCGGGAUGCAGUACUUCUCCGAGUACAGCAACGUCCAGCAGUGUCCGCACUGUGGGAACCUGGACUACCAUUUCGUGAAGCCAUUUUCCUCCUUCAAAGUUCUCGAAGCUUAUUGAUGAAAGCUUUGCUUUAGGAAUAGCUAUUUUAUUGACUUUUAUUUCUUUAUUACAUAUCUUUUAUAGGGAAACAUUCUGUGACAUGACUUUCUUUUCUAAUUUAAAGGAGAGUUUCUUUGUGUAUGUGUGCCACUAAAAUGGGUUUGGCCCCUUGCCCUCUCUUGACUCCUGAGUGUUGGUCUGUGGUCCUGACCUGAGCCCAAAUGGAUAAUCCCGUCAGUCUGGGGUAGAGGUUCACUAUCACUAAGAGUCUCUCUGGACAGCUUUUAAGGUGGUGGGGAGGAUAGGGUGGAUUUAGUUAAAGGGAUUAUGGGAUUAUCAACUAAAAGCCUGGUGGGAGUUGGAAAGAAACUCUUAUUAAAAUGUUAACUGUCUAAAGACCCACUUUUAAGAUCCUGCUCUGGGCCUUGAGAAGAACAUGCGACAGUGACUGUAAGUCUGUGCCUGGAGCUCUGGGAGUGCACUACUCUGUCUUGACUCAGUGUUGUGCCAGCACACUGACGUGCAGAUGAUUGGAAAGCAGACACGAGUGGUGUUUCUGUCACCUCUGUGAUUAGGCAGGCAGUUUUCACACUGAAAAUUAUAUCCAAAUUAUAAGACAUAGGAAAACUGGUGGUGUUGCAAAUGUUUUUAGGUAAACUGACCUGUAACAGAGAGAACAUAAUGAAUUUGGAAGUGAUGCACAUGGACUCAAGGGGGCAAGAUCGGGCGGGACCCUGUCUCUGGAAUUGCGUCUUUGAAGUUGGUCAGAUGAGCUCUUAAGGAGAACCCAUGAAUGACAUGAUUUGGGUGGUACUGAUUUAUGUAGGUUGCACUGUCCAAGUGCCAUUUGAUGUCAGAUUCUUCUCACAGGUAAAUCUCACAGCCAGAGACCCUAACUGGUGAAAUUCAGAACCAUCAUCACUAUGCUUUUUCUUCCACAAAAUUGUUAUGGCCACAUUUUACCCAUUUAAUGCUGAGCUUCCCAAAUCAUAGGUUUGACCCCAAGAAGGAAAGGGAAAAAUUGCUUUGUGAGUAUAUGAGGAAAGGAAUAAUAAUUUUAAUAUUUCUUUUUAAAGUGUGUUUUCAUUUCUCAAAACCACGGACUGUAAUAUAUAACAGUAUUUUGAAAACAGAUCAUUCUGAAGCUCUCCAUGAUACUUCACCAUUAGUGAAACAAGAUGAUAAUUUGUAUAACUUGAUUAGUCAGAGCAUUGGGCUUUCCAAAAUA